AAAGAAAAAAAAAGAAUCAAGGAAAAGGAAUCAAAAAAAAAGGAAGAAAAACAAAAAAAUCCAAAGAAUUAUGCACAACCCAAUGAAACAAAUGAAAAAACCCAAGUAAAUAAAUAGGAUGAAGAAGAACGCAAUCCUUUUGACAAAACAGUGGAUUUACAGCAUAAUACAAAAGAAAUACUCAAUGAAGACGACAGAAACCCUCAAAAUUGGCUUUCAACACAAUGCAUCCAAAUGUCAAGUGGUAGUGGUAGCAUGGAAAAAGGUGGCAGCGUUGAAGGGAGCACUUGGAAGACAAGAUAUAUGAAGUUUCACGUUGAACUUGUACAAGCUAAAUGCAGGAAUCCAAGGAGGAUAUUUUUUUCAAAAGGGGAAAAUUUUCUGAUGAUGACCUUUCUUCUGGUUUGAUGUUUACAAACUGUUGCAUGCUCCUCAUGAGGGAAGUCAAAAGGCUAGGAGAGUAAGAGAUGGAUUUUUUUUCUCUUUUAUUUUCUCUCUGGAACCUUUAUUACACCCAUACGCCCUUAAGCUGGCUGUAGAAGACUUUUUAUUUGUAUCGUAUUAACGAGCUAGCGUUGGUUAUUAUUGA